CAAAAAAGAAGUCCCGCGCGGCGCGGCAGCAACGAUGCUUCCGGCACCUCCUCCGUUCUCCCACGGUGACUUCGUCGCCGUUCUCUCCCGGUGCGCCACCCUCGCUCACCUCAAGCAGCUCCAUGCCCACUCCGUCGUCACUGCCCGCGCCUCCACGCAGCCCACCACCUUUCACCUCCUCCGUUUCGCAUCCCUCCGCCUCUCCUGCCUCCCCUACGCCCGCCGCCUCUUCGACUCCACGCCCUAUCCCAAUGUCUUCCUCUACUCCGCCAUGCUCUCCGCCUACGCCGCCGCGUCCCCCGCGCAAGCGUACGCCCGGGACGCCCUCGCCCUCUUCCUCCGUAUGCUCCGCCGCGUCCGCUCCGCGCCCAACCAGUUCGUCUACCCGCUGGUCCUCCGCGCCGCUUGCGUCGUCGGCGUCCAGCUGGUUAAGUCGAUCCAUUCCCACGCCUACAAGAGCGGGUUCCACGCGCAUGAUGUCAUAAGGACUUCGCUGCUUGAUGGGUACUCGAGGUAUGGCAUGAUGCUGGACGCACGAAAGCUGUUUGAUGGUUUGACCGACAGGAAUGUGGUGUCCUGGACCGCGCUGCUGUCCGGCUACACAAGGGCCGGGAAGGUCGGAGAUGCGAUUGUUCUGUUUGAACGGAUGCCCGAGAGGGAUGUGGCUGCGUGGAAUGCGAUGAUCGCUGGCUGCACGCAGAAUGGAUUGUUUCUGGAGGCUCUGGGGAUUUGUAGCAGGAUGGUGGAAGAGGGGUUCCGGCCCAAUGGGACCACAGUUGCUUGUGUGCUAUCUGCAUGUGGGCACCUUGGGAUGCUGAAGAUCGGGAAGGUGAUCCAUGGUUAUGCGUGGAGGAGCUAUGUUGGUUUUGGUUCGUCUGUUGUGAAUGGGUUGAUUGAUAUGUAUGGCAAAUGCGGGACUUUGAAGGGGGCGAGGUGGAUGUUUGAUGAGUUUUCCGACAAGAGUCUGACGACAUGGAAUUGUCUGAUUAAUUGCCUUGCACUACAUGGGCACAGCAAGAGUGCAAUUGCUGUCUUUGGUGAGAUGAGGGACGCAGGAAUUGAACCUGAUGAGGUCACAUUUGUGGGAUUGUUAAAUGCGUGCACCCAUGGUGGAUUUGUCGAUGAAGGGCUUACGUACUUUGAACUCAUGUGUGAUGAGCUGGGAAUUGAGCCAGAGAUUGAGCAUUAUGGGUGUAUCAUUGACCUUCUUGGUCGAGCAGCACGAUUUGAAGAUGUAAUGAAUGUUAUCAAAGAUAUGAAAGUCCAACCAGAUGAGGUCAUUUGGGGGUCACUUCUCAAUGCCUGUAGGAUACACAGACAGCUAGAGCUUGCUGAGUUUGCUAUAAGAAAGUUAAUGCAGUUGAAUCCAAACAAUGUUAAUUAUGUUGUGAUGCUGGCAAACUUAUACAGUGAAGGUGGAUCCUGGGAACAGGUUACCAAGAUACGGAAGCUGAUGCAGGAGGAUAUGGGCAAGAAAGUGCCUGGUUGUAGUUGGAUCGAGGUGGAUCGUAAGACACACAUGUUUUACUCUGGUGACGAUACUCAUCCUGUAUCAGAGGACAUCUGUAACACUCUUGUGGAAUUAGCAGCCUCAAUGGAAAUGUGUCAGGAUUGAACUUUUUUAAGGCGCAACAGGAGUUCUGCCUUUAUAAUAUUAUUAGGAAAAGUAGACAAUACAGGCUGAAGCCUAAAUAGAAGAAAAGCACAUGAGGGUUUAUUUGGAUAGAUUGAUAGUUUUAGUUCGAAAGUCGGGAACUUCUAUUCCGUAAGUGAAGUGGGGUAAAUUGAAACUUUUGACCUAGGCUUGUUAGGAGUUAUGUUGGAUGUACACAUGACGGUGUUCCCUCGAACCCCACUAUCAAGUUACUCCAUGCCAGAGGUAGUACUUAUGCCAGCACUGUACUGUACUUCUGUAGCGGACUUGGGCGCUACUAUUUCAUGCCGCAAUUGGUGUAUAAGAGCAACGCAAAGGAAGGUAUAUCAUUGAAAUAAAAGGGGAACUCUGGCUGCUUGCAGGGCUGCACCUGAGAUUUAGGGUCCCUGUCCUAAAACUAAAGGGAAGCGCUAGGCAUCAGUGAUGCUUUGUUUCUUAUCAGACUAGUCAGUAGCCGUCCGAUGAAAAGCAGGCUGGUGGUCCGAUCUGUCGUUAACCUCCCUGCUUGAUUUGCUGGAUUCAGUCCUUAAUUGACUGCUUCAUGCGUAAUAACUCCAACGUGUGCAUGUGUGGCCCAGGAGGUAAGUCCUAUUUUUCAGGGAUGCAUCUGGUGGUAGUUGAUUUUAGUUAAUUACGUAGGACUAUUAGCAUAUAUUUGUUGCUUCCGAGAUUUGCUCCGGAGAAUCAUUAGUUUGAUGCCACUGUAAUAUGGUUUCUAAUUAAUUUGUUUCUGCUAGUCAUUGCUUUGGAGAUUUGCUUCCAAGAAUCAUUUGUUUGGUGUCACUGUAAUAUGGCUUUUCCUUUUUAAACUGGUGGAAGCAUACACUAACAAAUCUGAUAAAUAAUUAUGUUUGAUGCA